GGGAGAGCGGGGAAGGCGGCGAAGGGCUGCCCCGGCUCUCUGGGUACGGAGUCGGGGCGAUCCGAAGUUUAUUGCUGAAAAGGGAGGGGAAAAAAAAAGGGAAAAAUACUAAUAAUUACAGAAGAGAAUAAAAUAAAUACGGGAAGAAUUGUAGAUAGAUACGGAGAGAGAGAGAGAGAAAAAAAAAAAGAAAAAAAAAGGGAAGAGCAUCUCCUUGCAGUUGCCUCGGAGGGAUGCGGCGGAGCGCGGCCGGCGGGACCCCCCGCUGCCCGGGCAACACCCGGGGCCGGAGCGGGGCUGAACCGUGAGUCCUCACCCCAGGAAGGCCGGACCGGGGCGGCGGGGACUCCUCCCGCCCUGCUCAACCUCCGCGCAUCCUCCGGCGUCGCCGUGCCGAGCCGUGCCGAGCCGUGCCGGGCCGCUCGGUCCGAGCCGUGCCGAGUCGGUGUGAACCGAGCAGUGCCGAGCGGUUAGGAUGAGGGGCAUCCUCUACUUCUGCACGCUGAUCCUCCUGGAAGGUAUGGCGGAAGCUGUCAGCUCAAGCAGGGACUGCCUUCAGGCAGGUGAAUCCUGCACCAACGACCCCAUCUGCAGCUCCAAAUUCAGGACCCUCCGGCAAUGCAUCGCAGGCAAUGGAGCCAACAAGCUGGGCCCCGAUGCCAAGAACCAGUGCAGGAGCACAGUGACUGCCCUGCUCUCCAGCCAACUCUACGGCUGCAAGUGCAAGCGAGGCAUGAAAAAGGAGAAGCACUGCUUGAGUGUCUACUGGAGCAUCCACCACACGCUGAUGGAAGGCAUGAACGUGCUGGAAAGUUCUCCUUAUGAGCCAUUCAUCAGGGGCUUUGAUUACGUCCGGCUGGCCUCCAUCACUGCAGGCUCUGAGAACGAGGUGACCCAGGUGAACCGCUGCCUGGAUGCUGCCAAAGCCUGCAAUGUGGACGAGAUGUGCCAGCGGCUGCGGACGGAAUAUGUCUCCUUCUGCAUCCGGCGCCUGGCUCGGGCUGACACCUGCAAUCGGUCCAAGUGCCACAAGGCCUUACGUAAGUUCUUCGACCGCGUGCCACCCGAGUACACCCACGAGCUGCUCUUCUGCCCCUGUGAAGACACAGCCUGUGCUGAGCGCCGGCGGCAGACCAUCGUUCCAGCCUGCUCCUAUGAAUCCAAGGAGAAACCCAACUGCCUGGCACCGCUGGACUCUUGCCGUGAGAACUAUGUCUGUAGGUCGCGUUAUGCAGAGUUCCAGUUUAAUUGCCAGCCAUCCCUGCAGACUGCAAGUGGCUGCCGGAGGGACAGCUAUGCUGCCUGCUUGCUGGCCUACACCGGGAUCAUAGGCAGCCCCAUCACUCCAAACUACAUUGACAACUCCACCUCCAGCAUAGCACCCUGGUGCACGUGCAACGCAAGCGGUAACCGGCAGGAAGAGUGCGAGAGCUUCCUGCACCUCUUCACGGACAACAUCUGUCUCCAAAAUGCCAUCCAGGCCUUCGGCAAUGGGACCUACCUGAACGCAGCCACAGCUCCAUCCAUCCCCCCCACCACACAGAUGUACAAGCAGGAGCGAAACGCCAACAGAGCUGUGGCAACCCUCAGCGAGAACAUCUUUGAGCACCUCCAGCCUACCAAGGUGGCUGGAGAGGAGAGGCUCCUGCGGGGCUCCACUCGUCUGUCAUCAGAGACCUCCAGCCCAGCAGCUCCUUGCCACCAGGCAGCCUCCCAGCUGCAGCUGUGGCUUCUCCCUACUCUUGCUGUGCUGAGCCUCUUUGUGAUGUGAAGCAGAGUGGGAUCACGCCGGGCAGUGACUCUCUUUGUGUUGGUUUCUUUAAAAAAACAAAACAAAACAACCAGACAAGGAACUUAUUUCAGGAGGUGGGGUAGGAGGAGGGAAGGGAUGGGAAGGAGAGGUGAGUGUGUAGGCAUCCCUUUCUCCUCCUCAUCCACCUUCCAAUUUGUUUGAUUUUAUACUAUCAGCAUCACCAACAACCAGCUUAUCUUUGUCCUGGCCACUUUUCACCCCACAGUGUGGUUGCUGUCUCUCCAGCUCUCUGUGGAUCGGGGUUGUGAGCCACAGACAGUUCCCUUGGAAAAGCCAAAGGAGAGAGCUGAGUCAAAAAAUGAGAGCUGCAAUGGAAAUGGUUUCACCUUCCCCAGCCAAGAGGGGAAAGACUUUAGAUGGAUGAGCUGUCAGGACAUUUCCUCAAGCCCCAGCUCACGCUGUGGGACAUUUGACAGGACAAGUCAAGCGUUGUGUCGUACAGAUCAUCUCCAGGGCUGCUCAGGACCCAAAGGACAGCCCAUCUGGUUCAGAGUGAAGAAACCAGAGAACCUGGUGAGAAGGUAGUUGGUUCUGUUCACCAGAGAGGAUCCUGAAGCACCUCUGGGGUGGAGCAAGCAGCCAUACAACAAAUUGGCUAUUGGUUCACAGGGACCAUCCACCUGCUUGAAACUACAGCUGACAUGCAACCAGCACGCAUCUCCAAGAUGUCCCUUGCUCCUUGGGCCCUCCUGUCUGGGAAACGUGUCAUGUAUUGAUCAUGUUCAGGAAGAAACACGUGUGUUGCAUUUUGUUAAUGGCUGGCUUUCUUCGUGUCUCAACCUUAGCAUCUCUACUUACCGGUCCUGUGAAGUGUUUGGGGUAGGUAUUUUUUCAUGACAUCCAAGCAGCCAGGGGCCAAAGUCAUUCCACUCCCAGCCAACCUCUCUAUGUGCAGGAUAAACCUGUGAGGCUACAGGUAGGACUUGAUACGAGUGUAACACAAUCCAUUCUCACCAGCUACUUGUGCUCCUGUCGGUCUCACAGAGAGACAGAGGGACAGUUGAGGGAUGUCAUUAUCUGUGUGAGGAAGAGAUAGGAUACAAAGGGUUUUCAUGUCCUUGGUAGAGAGUGGGUUGUUACAGCCCCCUUCCUUGAAUAGCUGGAGGAGGAAAUCCUUGUUAGCUUGUAAUCACAGAAUCACAGAAUUGUAGGGGUUGGAAGGGACCUCCAGAGAUCAUUGAGUCCAACCGCCCUGUCAAAGCAGGUUCCCUACACCAGGUAAACCAGACCAGCACACUAAUGACAUUGCCUCCUGCCAAGUGCCAAUUAGUCAGCCAAGGGGUGGCUUAAGCAGAGGCUGGCAAAGUGACCCAACCAGAUGGAGCGUGAGGACAAAUGUCUCCCUGGUUGCUCAGGGCACAGAAGGGAAUACAUGUGACCUUGUUAUACACGAGCAUCCAGAGGUCUUCCCUUGAGGAAGUGAGGUGGGGUGUCCCAGAGCUUUGCAGGGAGAUGAAUUCCACGCUUGACCAAGACAAUAAAGAAGGUGGUAAGGAAAAGUAGCGAGGUUUUCUUGGACAAAUGCUUUCCCAGGUUGACCACUACAGGAGGGACAGGAGUGGCUCGUUGCUCCCUGUUAGUUUUACAGCAGCCCAUUCACCCUUUGGUUUCUGCCUCUCUACAAAACAACAUCAGUUGCUCAGCAUUUGGAGGCAUAGAAAAGUUUAGAAGCAACUGAAAUUUCAAGGUCUGGAGCUUUUUAUUUCCAUUCCCUGCAGAGCACUUUCCAUUGCUUUAUGCUUCAGGUUUUGCUGAGAAACGGCAGCAACUUUCUUGGGGUUUGUUCCAAUAUAAAACCACACUUGUUUGCAAAUGAAUAUCUGUGGAAGCAUAAGACAGGGCAGAAACCCUCCUGGCUGUGUCCUGGCUGAAGUUCUUCACCUGGGGUUGUCCUAAUCCAGGAGACAGGAUCCUGGAACACACUGAAAUCUUGCAUGCAGUUUGCCAGGGGAUGUGCUGAAACAAAUUGUGUGUGCCAAAACUUCACGACCAAGAGGAUCUCCCAGUAUUGGAAAUGCAGGCGGUGGCACAGGUCCCAUACCUCCCUUCAUAGCCAUGCCCUGAGCUGUUGUGAACAUUUCCAGAGCAUCAGUGGGGCCAUCUGUGCAAGUAUGAGGUGUAAACCCAAAAUCCUGUGUCCUCUGAGCCAUGGGUGGGAAAGAUUAAAUCCUACUGCAGAAUGGCAAGGAACUUCCUCGACACCGUGAGGUCGUGCUGUGAAUUGCCUUCAUCUGCUGCUUUCCUUUCAAGUCCUGUUGUCCAGCCUUGCUCUUUUGCCCACCUGGUUUCAGUAGAUGGGUCCCCACCAGCCUUUGGUCUUCCUGUAUCAUGGGCUGAGUCUCUGCACAGGAUGGGUGUGCAAGGGUUGGGAUGUAUAUGUCAGGCUUAGAACAUCUUAGGAUGUUGGUUGUCCCUGAGCUUUGCUGGCCAAACAGACCCUCAGAUCCCAUUGUGGUGUCUUCUUGUGUCCUCAAUUCUGGGAGGAUGGCAGAAGUGUCCUGAGGCUGUGAAAAGCAAAAGCAAUUCACUAUGGAUCUUAUCACGGAGGCCUUGCAUGAGGGGGUAAAAUAAAAGCGAAUGGUCUGCUGGGAUUCCUGCAGAAGUGUAAAUGGGGGUCUGCUGGAGGGUUCUUUGUUGUGGUCUUGAAUGAGGGGUCUGAACAACACCUACAGAGCUGACCUUGCAGGUCUGAAAAUGCGCUCCCCAUCCUCAUCCCUUGUGCUGUGGUGUGAGUUUGGAAGCAGCAUCCACCCAGCAAUGAGAGCCUGCUGCUUGCCCAGGAGUUCCCUGCAGUCUGGGGAUGCUUCCCAAUGAAGAAAGUCACGGAGCUACAAGCCUCCACGCAGCAGGAAAGGGCCAGUGGUUGGGAUGGGUGUUAAUAUUGUGGGGGAAUUAAAAUCCAAAAAAUCUGCAUGAAUUUUCCUGACCAUUCCACCUUAUUUUUCUUUAACGAUACUUCAUGGCCGCUCUCCCUCUAAGCCCAUUCACAAACCAAACUUUGCAAACAAAAAUAAGAGAGUCACAGCAGCAGAGGGAAAGGACUGAGUGAGCCUAAGGAGAGAAAGGGAGACAACUUUUUAGCAAUCACUCCAUACCUGGGGACUUCCAUAAGCACAAAGAAGAGUCAUGGGAAAAAAAGCAGUGGCCAGCCAACUUUCUGUAGCCACUGAACUCUUGUUUUUUUUUCUGGCUGCUCAGCACCGUUUUGCAGUGGUUCGGCAGUUCCUCGCAUCUGUGAGAUAUUGUGUAUGUACAAAUACUGCGUUGUUGUCCAAGCAAGAGCACGAGCAGAGAGGAAAAGUGAUGCUGGGAAAGUACCCCUAUGGGCGGCAGGGGAUGCUGAUGGGUGCUGAUGGAUGUGUGUGUGUGCACAUGGGGAGGAUGCUUGGUGUCUGCCUGUACUGCCGGGGUGUAACCUGUACUUAUCUCUUCUGUACGAGUUGAUAUUCAGACAUAUCCAUGAAUAAAGCACACAUGCAUUUUCCUGA